GUUGUGUCAAUUAACAAGACAUAAGACAUUUCGAUGGCCAGUACUCUUUACAGGAUAAAAGGGAUACUUCAAAUAUUGAUAUAUUGGCAACUUUUAAUCAAUUAAAAAAACGUCACGCCCUGAAAUCAUCCGGGGAAAAUCGCAGAAACAUGAUAAUUUCAUGUGUGAAUUUAUGUGCGUGUUAGAGAGUGAGCGAGAGAGCGAGAGAGCGAGACCAAAAAAGCAAGACUAUAGCGACGGAUGGUGUACGUAUUCCAUUGAAGAACAAUAUCUUAUCAACGACUGCUUGGUUAAUGUAAACAUUUCAACUGAGUCGUUUAUAUACUAAAAUUAAAUUGUAAAAUGAUAUAAAAUUUCAAUUGCACUAGGUUGACUCCGUAAAGUGUUGUAGAUUUUCAUUACAGAAACCCCCUUUUUGAAAAUGGACUCGUCUUUGACGUGUUGUUCAAAAAAUAAGACACCUGACCACCUUUAAUUCGACUUACUCGUACAGUUUUUACGCUUUUCGGUGUUUGAACUUGAGCUUUGGUUCCUCCAGCAGGUUGCAAGUCAAAAUCCAAAAUGGACCAGUUUCUUUCGACGUCGCGUGGUUUGGGGAUCUAUUUUAAAUAACAGCCACGGGUUUGAUUCCAGUGAUUUGAGAGCCUGCUGAAGCUCAGAUCAGCUGUAGCCCAGUGUCCUAACGCCGCCCAUCAUCUACACUCCAGCCUUUCUUCCAUCCACCUGCCUUCCCCCCCCCCUGAAUUGCUUGGCUCCGCUGCCUCUCCCUGCUGGAUCCUGUGUGUGCUGUUGGCUAUGGUCAAGCGAUGGGCGUUGGCCGGAGGUGUGGCUGUUGUGGGCGUGGCAAAGCGGUGGGGGCGUGGCUCUGUGCGGUACUGCUGCUGUUGCUGUGCAGGCAGGUCGCCCCCCAGUGCCCAGAGAGCUGCCACUGUGCCUGGGAAAGUGGCACAGUUCUAUGCACUGACGCAGGGCUGCGUGAGGUCCCUGAGGGGCUCCCCACGGACACCGUCUCCCUCCACCUGGAGAGGAACUUCAUCCGUACCAUUCCCGAGAGCGCCUUCAGCGACCUGCCCCACCUGCAGGACCUCUACCUCUCCCACAACCGCAUCGAGUCGCUCUCGCCGGGUGCCCUGCGCCAUCUAAGCACGGACCUCAAGCUGCUGGACCUCUCGCACAACCUGCUGCGGAGGGUCAGCCGGGAGGAUUUCGGAUCGACCCGGGCCAAGACGCGGCUGUAUCACAACCCCUGGCACUGCGACUGCAACCUGCAGGAGCUGGUGGAGACGCUGAACCUGGAGCCGGAGACCGUGAAUGGCAUCGUGUGCGAGAGCUCGGCCCGGGUGGGCGGAGAGGGUGGCCGGUGGGAGGAGCUCGGGGGGGCUGGCGAGCAUGUGGGACAGCCGCUGGUGAAGCUGCUGGACGCGGGGGUCAAUUUCUGUAGCCUUCAGCGCAAGACCACCGACGUGGCUAUGCUAGUGACCAUGUUCGCCUGGUUCUUCAUGGUCAUCGUCUAUGUGGUCUACUACGUACGGCAGAACCAGGCGGAGGCCCGUCGUCACCUCGAGUACCUGAAGAGUUUGCCCAGCCCACGCAAGAUGCCUGUAGAAACAGACACCCUUAGCACGGGUAUCUGAGUUAGCCGCUUAUUUUAUUUACCACACGCAUUCGUCUCAGAAUAUUUCCCAUGGACGUUUUUUCCUGUGUGUCUGACAGCCGGUAGAUUCUCAGCCCCUGUGUGUCUCUGCAAGGACGCGGGUUUGAGAGAGCUUAUACUGUGAACCGCCACUCAGUUAAAUCUGAAAGGUCGGAUGCCAUCCCCUUCCUCAUGAGGAUGCCAGAUCUGGAGCAGAACGGGAUUCCCGGGCUGUGAGAAAGACGGACAGCUUCACUGAAACGUGCCACUCUGUGACUGCAAGGCUGCGUUCGGUGACGUUUCUGCACCCAGUCGGGUUUGGGAAGUGGGAAUGGAGUCACUGCAGUGCUGGACUUACAGAACACAGAAAUGCUGUUAGCGUGAUUUUUUUUUUAGUGUUAGGGUAUACCUGGAACUGGAAAUGACAUGUAAAUCAUUGUAGAUAAUAAUUAGUAUGUGUGUUCCAUACAUGUGCACAUUUUUAUAUAUGUAGUAAUGUGUUUGAAAAGCUUCACAUUUUGUAUUUUAAUAUACUUUUUCCCAUUAUCCUGAACCUAGUAAGUCACCACGAAACAUAUUGUAUGAAUGAUUUUUAAAAGAAGAGCCUGAAUUAAGGUAUAAAUGUUUUAAUCAGGUAUAAUUAGUUAUUAUUAAUACAUGAAAUCGUACCUAAAGAAGGGAGGAUGUUGAGGUCUUUUGGGAGCAGAAAUACUUUGAGGUAAAAUUAGAUCUUUUCAGGAUGUUUUCUUUCUCACACUGACACUUGUUUACUGUGUCAUAACUGAUUCUGAAAUGUUACCCGAUUUAGGUUUGUGUCUGUCACAGGUCAGACAUGGCAAUGUGAACACACCCCUUCCUUUGUCUGUGUCUUUGUUAGUCAUGUGACUUCAUCUGAAGGAAAUGGUACGGUAUGUGUGAUCGCCACAUGGAAAGCGUUUUUAAGAGCAGAAUAACGCCAGGCUAAUUGUGUAUUAUAAAGUUACAAUGUGGGUUCAGAUGAUUUUAAACAGUUUUGCCUGUGUGGCUUGUGUAAGAUUUUACGCUUAUACUGCACAGGAGAGAGAAUUUUGAGUGCCAGCUGGAAUGGUGAUGUUUUUCACAAAGUUAAGAGUACACUCCAUGAUUAUGUAGCUGACUAGAUCGCAUUCUUGGUCUAGUCAGUUUAGUCUUUUUCAGUAUGUUGGAAAAAAGGCUUUUUUUUUAUUGUCAGCCGUGGCAUGCACGGAAAUGUUUUGUGAAAUUCAUAACAUUUCGGUAUUAGACUUUGUUGUUGAUCUAGCUACUGUAGCCCAGUAUCCUCUCUCUACCACCACCAACAGAUGGGGGGAAAAAAUCAGAACUGAAAAACGCACUUUGUGUCUUUUUUUAAAUUAAAAGUUUUAUUAGUGUU